AGACCUCAUUAUACAUAAUAUUACUGUCCAAAAUUUCAUCUCGAUUAAAAACUGUAGUAUCAUGAUUGUUUACACAGUCUGUAACAAAGAUUUCAAAAUCAACAUCUAAGUUACAUUUUGACUCCGAUAACAACUGCAUAAAAUAUUCUAACCACUUAAAGUGUUCAAUGUUAUUAGAUUGUUUGCUGGCCCCUCUAAAGCUCUUAAUUUUCUUCCACAAUUGUUGUGUUUUCAUGUCACCCUGCAACAUAUUACCUAAGGUAUUGUAAUUGUACUGUUUUUUCUUUCUAUCACAUAAUUUUUUAAAUAUACUUCUCUCAACAAUAUAACUCUUCAGAUUUCUCUCAUUACUUAUUCUUCUAAAGAGAUUUAGUGCAGUAUAAACACUGGACAAAAAAAAAAAAAAAACACGAAACGCGAUAUCUAUAAGAUUUUACUGGCCUAGCAUGGCAAAGGACAUUGACACCUGGGUAAUACCUUGAACAGAAUCACUACUUUGCCAAUGUGAUAAAAUGGCAAUUAUUUCCAACAUAAUGGUUUUCUGAUCACAGGUGGCACAGUGUGAAUCAUGUCAGGCAAGCAGAUCAUCGGUGAAAGAUCAAAAAGAAUACACUCCGAUUGUGGUAUGCUUUUCCAUCACACAUUAAUUUAUUCUUAUUUUUUUUUAUUUAAUUAGAAAUAACAGUUAAGUUAUAUAAUUAAAUAAGAACAUUUUGAUCAUUGCCAAAAAAAAAAAAUUAUACUUAAUAAUUUAUACAAACUAGCAUUGACUGACAAUGGAAACCAGUAUAUUUGUGUCAUUAUAGAUUAUAUGACUAAGUGGCCCCAGGCUUAUCCCCUCAAAUCUACAGCUGCCAGGGAGGUUACAGAUUGCCUUUUAAAGUUUGUGCAUCAGUUUGAGGUACCUAAGAGAGUCCUAACAGACCAGGGGAAAGAGUUUGUAAACACAGUAAGUCAUACAUGUUCACACAUUAAAAAUAUAGAAUAAAUUAUUCAACUUUUUGACAUUUUUUUUUUCAUUAUACACACCUUUCAUAUUUUCCCUUAGAACUGUAAUAAACUGUUUUCAUUCAUAAAAUUGCAGCUGAACAGUCAUAUCUGCAAAAUCCUUAAUAUCAAACGGUCAUUGUGCGCACCCUACCACCCACAGACCAACGGGCUUGUGGAAAGAAUGAACGCAACAAUACAGAGGUAUAAGCAGUCUUUUAAUUCUAAUUCUCUUCACACAGACUGACCACAACAUUACAAAAAAAAGAAGAUGAUAAUUCCCUGGCUGUUUCCUUGCUUUGAAACUGAAAAUAAUGUUAUUAUAUUUCCAGAUCCCUAUGCAAGCUCGUCAAAGACAAGCCCAAUAACUGGGACAAGCACCUGGAUGCUGUUAUGUUUGGGCUUCGCACAAAGCACAAAGCGGCAGAUGACAACAAAGUACUCGCCAUACUUUUUAAUGUUUGGAAGAGAGGCCCGUUACCCUUCUGAAAUACCUGAGCACUAUUGGGUAACUGCAGUUUUUUGCAUUAUUUCAAUAGUAAUCUUUAAUGAUAAAUAGGUAGCAGUUGUUUUUACAGUAUUGUCCCACACUUUCUUUCAGAUUGACAAGAGUGUGGAGGGCACAUUGUCAAUUGAAGAAUUGACUGAAUCGGCUAUUGCCAUCAGUGAGGUUUUAAAUAAGGCUCAUAACAGAGCUUCACAGGAAAGGAUAAGGCGACAAACAAAACUAAAGAAAGCACAAAGAAUGAAUUUCAAAGUGGGGGACAAAGUGUGGAGGGAAAAUAAAAGGAGCCAACAACGUAAGGGUGGCAAACUGGAGGCAAACUUUCUUGGCCCCUAUACUACAAUCACUGUAUUGGAAGGCAAAAGUGCAGACCUAGUGGAUGGAAGAGGUGUAACAUUCCCCAAAAUAAAUGUUGACCAUUUGAGGCUACAUGUUGAGGAAUUACCCCACAUCCCACAUAAACUAAACUCCUCAUCACAAUCAGUUUCAGUUCCUGUGGGCUUUGCAUCCCCUUCCUCACCAGCAUCUCCACCACCAGUGCCAUCACCAGCAUCUCCACCACCAGUGCCAUCACCAGCAUCUCCACCACCAGUGCCAUCACCAGCAUCUCCACCACCAGUGCCAUCACCAGCAUCUCCACCACCAGUGCCAUCACCAGCAUCUCCACCACCAGUGCCAUCACCAGCAUCUCCACCACCAGUGCCAUCACCAGCAUCUCCACCACCAGUGCCAUCACCAUCAUCUCCACCACCAGUGCCAUCACCAGCAUCUCCACCACCAGUGCCAUCACCAGCAUCUCCACCACCAGUGCCAUCACCAGCAUCUCCACCACCAGUGCCAUCACCAGCAUCUCCACCACCAGUGCCAUCACCAGCAUCUCCACCACCAGUGCCAUCAGCAGCAUCUCCACCACCAGUGCCAUCACCAGCAUCUCCACCACCAGUGCCAUCACCAGCAUCUCCACCACCAGUGCCAUCACCAGCAUCUCCACCACCAGUGCCAUCACCAGCAUCUCCACCACCAGUGCCAUCAGCAGCAUCUCCACCACCAGUGCCAUCACCAGCAUCUCCACCACCAGUGCCAUCACCAGCAUCUCCACCACCAGUGCCAUCACCAGCAUCUCCACCACCAGUGCCAUCAGCAGCAUCUCCACCACCAGUGCCAUCACCAGCAUCUCCACCACCAGUGCCAUCACCAGCAUCUCCACCACCAGUGCCAUCACCAGCAUCUCCACCACCAGUGCCAUCACCAGCAUCUCCACCACCAGUGCCAUCACCAUCAUCUCCACCACCAGUCCAUGUGGUCUCUUCAGCUCCCUCCUCACCAGCAUCUCCAUGCCACAGCAUCUUCAGGAGUUGUGACUUCAUCAGGUCCAGCUCAUCAUAUAUAGAACCACGUAUAUACUUAAACAACAAUUUAGACAGUUUAAGAAUUAAUGUUUUAUUUGACAGUGUUUCAAUAAAAGAUAAAAAAAUGAAAUAAAAUAGUAACACAUGGAUUCACCUGUUGUGAGUGACACCAUAGCAUAAUUUAAGAUAGACAUGUAACCACAACUGUGAUUUUUCUUAAAUUUCGUAUUCUAUCUUUGACAGGACUUUGUAUUGUUUUGCUUGUCUUUGACAUUUUACAGGUGUCAAAGAAGCCUGGGGAAGAAAAGGGUUAUAUGUGCUGAUCUCAAAAAUAGGGCCAUACAAAUUGUUUUACUCUGACAUACAGAGGACUGCACCCACACAAUAUUUGGAAAGUGAGGUGAGAAGUUAAAUCACUUGAAAUUGCUUUUAAAAUGACU